GUUUUGUUUCGUUUUCCUAACAUGACUAAGAAUUGAAGCCACAUGUCACGUGACUGGGCUAUCCCAUGCACCGCUGCCAAGGAGCGUCCCGUCAGACUAAUUUCAGAUAGCAGCGGGAACGUGACUGAGGACUGCGCUGCGGCAGGUACGAUGAGUUCUGCAGAUGAGAGUGAAAAUGGUGGAGUGAAUUCAAAUGUUGUUGUGCCGUGCUCUCUGACUCCUUUACAGAAGGCGAUCUAUUUGUUUCUGAUAAAUAAAGAUCCGCAGAAAGCAAAGGAUAUCGCACGAGGUGUGAAUAAGAAAAGUGCCAAGGAGGUUAAUCCUGAUUUGUAUCUAAUGAAGGGAAAGCAUUUUCUAACUCACAACUUAAACCUCUGGUCCGUGACCAACAACAAUAACACAGGAAAGCAUGUGACAUCUAAAAAUACAAAUAACACUACCUACUCGCAGAACACGAUGGCCCUGUCACUGGGCAGUAAAAGUCCAUCGUGCUCUGCAGAACAGGCUGAAGGCAGAACAGUGAAUUCAAAUUGUGAGCCACCCAUCAGACUAACACCAACACAAAAUGAAAUCUACCAGUAUAUGAAGCACACUAACAAGCCACUAAAACCUAUAGACAUUGCACGUAAGAUUGGAAAAAGACGCUCAUCAGAGGUUAAUCCGGAUUUGUAUGAAAUGGAGAAAGAGAAUUUGCUCGUUCGCGACGAAGAGACCAAAUGCUGGCAAAUUAAUUCAGAGCACAAUGCAGAAACAAAUGUGCCAUCAGAGAAUCAGCAGGCAGAUAGCCAAAAGACAUUAGAAUUUUCUUAUGAAGAAAACGCAACACAACCAUGUUAUGCUGUCAAUAGUGUUCCAACAGAACCGAAAACAAUAAAUUAUUACUUUAUGAAUCCAGGGCAAAUCCAAAUAGGACAUAAUAAUUGUAUACAAAUGUACAGAAGUAAAGAAACAGAAGAAAUACCUGUGGUUUCAGAGGAUGUGGAUACUGGUGCUGGGAAUGCCUUUGAAGUCGGUGACAGUCAAUACAAUUCUCAGAGCCAGGACGGUUUGAAUUUCACUAUGGAUCUUCCGGAUGGCGGUCUUCUCAACUGUACUGGGUGUCAAGACAUGAAAAUAGUCAGCAAUGCCGACAGUGGACUAUGUUGUGGAGAGGAUACAAAUUCUAGCGAAGCCUCUGUCCAAAAAGUGUUGAGCCGGUACCCUGAGCCAAUAUCGGAGUCAACUGAGAACAUCCUAAUAUUUAGUGAUACAGAUCUUGGGGAGACACCAGCACCUCAAACUUCAUCCCCAAUCAGAAAUGAAGGUCCUUUGAAGGACUUAAAUAUUUCAGACAUCACUGACCAACUUCAGAAAGUGAUCUUGGACAAGAAGAUAAAUGGUGAAACACUAGAGGAUAGUUCAGAAGGAGAAAAUAUUCCAGCCAGUGUCAGAAUUACAGGACUCUAG